GUUAGCUAACAAGCAAACUGCGCGUUCCGUAUAUAACCAUAGCAUGGGCUGCAGCCGUGGUGUUGCAGGCAAAUAAACAAGGGGUUAACACAUGUAACUUUGCUACCAGUUUCCCAUUCGGUUUUUCUUUUGGAAACAAAUCCGCCCCUUAUUAUUUUAUUUUGCUGACUUAAGUAAACGAUGCAUGUGCAUAAAAAGCGGCUGUUAGCAUUUGCUGUGCACGCAAAACUUAACUUUCACAGCGUAGCAGAGGAACCACAGGCCUCACCCAGCGCGUUAAGGCAGCAGCUUCAUAGAUUUAAAGUAACCCGAACUACUGGUUAACGGCAGGACGCAGCGCCUGCAAACUAAAGUACUUGCGCACAUUGUUUGAAGCUACACUAACAUUCGUUUUGCCUUUAACGGGUUCCGCAGAUUCCCGUGUAAACAUUAAAAUUGUACUUAAUGACGAAAGUUGUUUCAUGAGGCCUUGGUUCGGUUCAGUUGGCUUUCUUGGUUGAGUUAGCCAGUUAAAGUAGCUAGCUGGCUAUCCGUUAGCUGAAAAGCAUUCGGAGCUGUUGCUGACGAGGACGUCCGAGCGGUGGUGAAGGCCCAGAAGGUUUUCUCCAGCCAUGUCUGUCCGGGAGUCCUUUAACCCCGAGAGCUACGACCUGGAUAAGAACUUCAGGCUGACGCGCUUCACAGAGCUGAAGGGGACGGGCUGCAAAGUGCCGCAGGACGUCCUGCAGAAGCUGCUGGAGUCGCUGCAGGAGAACCACUUCCAGGAAGAUGAGCAGUUCCUCGGGGCCGUCAUGCCCAGACUGGGUAUUGGAAUGGACACGUGCGUCAUUCCUUUGAGACACGGCGGGCUCUCGCUUGUGCAGACUACAGACUACAUUUAUCCUAUCGUGGAUGACCCUUACAUGAUGGGCCGAAUCGCCUGUGCCAACGUACUAAGUGACCUCUACGCCAUGGGGGUCACGGAAUGUGACAACAUGCUGAUGCUGCUGGGAAUCAGUAACAAAUUAUCAGAGAAGGAGAGGGACAAGGUGAUGCCUUUAAUAAUUCAGGGAUUUAAAGACGCCUCGGAAGAGGCGGGGACGUCGGUAACGGGAGGCCAGACGGUGGUGAACCCCUGGAUCGUCCUCGGGGGCGUGGCCACCACGGUGUGUCAGCCCAACGAGUUCAUCAUGCCAGAUAACGCUGUGCCUGGAGACGUGCUGGUGUUGACGAAGCCCCUGGGCACACAGGUCGCUGUGGCUGUUCACCAGUGGCUUGAUAUUCCAGAGAAAUGGAAUAAGAUUAAACUGGUCGUGACGCAAGAGGACGUGGAGUUGGCGUAUCAGGAGGCCAUGAUGAAUAUGGCCAGACUGAACCGAACAGCUGCCGGGCUGAUGCAUACGUUCAACGCCCACGCGGCGACGGACAUCACGGGAUUCGGGAUCCUGGGUCACGCGCAGAACCUGGCCCGGCAGCAAAGGAGCGAGGUCUCCUUCGUCAUCCACAACCUGCCCGUGCUGGCCAAGAUGGCCGCCGUGAGCAAGGCCUGUGGCAACAUGUUCGGCCUCAUGCACGGCACCUGCCCGGAGACCUCAGGAGGUCUGUUGAUCUGCCUCCCUCGGGAGCAGGCCGCCAGGUUCUGCGCCGAGAUCAAGUCCCCCAAAUACGGCGAGGGGCACCAGGCCUGGAUCAUCGGCAUCGUGGAGAAGGGCAACCGCACCGCCCGGAUCAUCGACAAGCCGCGGAUCAUCGAGGUGGCCCCGCAGGUCGCCACACAGAACGUCAACCCCACCCCCGGGGCCACCUCUUAGUCCAGGGCGGGGGAGAGGGAAGGGCCAUGCCGUUUUAGACAUUCUAGUAUCAUCUUGGGCUAUGUACAUAGUCUAAAGCUCUACCACGUUAAUGUGUAUACUGACUGCUCUGAUUUUGAUCGUAGGGCAGGUCACACGUUUAAAAAAAAGAAAACCAACAAAAAAAAAAACAAAAACAUAAAACGUAAAAUCCGUUUCUUUUGUCUCGUUAAUUUUCUGUUACAUUAACUGAGGAUGCACCUAAUCUUAAGGCAGCUUCUAAGUUGAGAAUAUUAUUAUCUGAUACUGUUGAUUCAUUUUGAAUCUUUAGACACUUCCGGUCUAUUGCCGCAUAGGCUUUUUUUUAAGCGGUGCUUUUGCCAAGCAUCCAUUUUCCAACAAGUACCACGAUAGCAUUUUUGUUUGUCCGGUCACUAAGUGUACAUUUAAAAACUAGGACUAGCGUACAAGCUGUAACGGAUGCCUUGAGAGAUAUUAUAAAGAGAAGGUGGUGUAUACUUUAAGGGGUUGCAUGUUGUUUUUCAGAUUUGUUUUUUUUUUUGUAUCAUUUUGUUUUGAUUCACCCCAGUCCCAAAAAGUCUACAAAUGAAUCUUUGAAGUUCUGACUUUUGCGUGGUCAGGUCAGCAGGACAAGACGAAAGCAAUGCAAAAAAAAAAAAAAAAAAAGCUCUGCCAUCAUUUAUGACGUUGCAUUAACGAUGGGGAGUGAGGCUGAAAUCCGUGAUGGCUGGCUGCCCUUAUGUUGUCAAUCAGAGAAUUGUACCAACCAAUCGAAAUACAGCAAACAUAACUGCUACUGCCAUUCUAGAGUUCGUAGAACCGUACUGUCCCAUCAGUACUCAGUGUCAUUGUGUGCAACCUUCACGUGUUUGUAAUUAUCCUUUUUUUUUCUCUCGCUUUUUUGCAAGAACACUGCGGAUUUGGUCUGCAGUAGUACUGCAGAGAAUGUAGGUCUACCGGAAGGGCAGUUAGUGUAUAAUAUAUAUACUUAUUGAGAUAUAAAGUACUUGAUUUUACAUGUAACCAGUAAAAAUCUGUUCCUGUUGUGACGGCUUCCCGUUUUUUUGUAUAGCGCUGUAUGCAGUAGGCUCCUCCUCUCUUAAGUCUCCGUAGGUGCCACAGUGUCGCAUACACAUCUCUCUCUUCCCCUCCUGUGUGCGGAACCAUUCACUCUUGUUCAAAGUCCCAGAAUUGCAGCUUAUGGAAACACUUACCCUAAUAAAUAUAUCUUUUUUUUUUGUUUUUUUUUUUGUUCUUGUAUCGGAGAUGCAUUUGUCUUUUUGUACUGAGAAGCGCGUUGGAAGAUCAUUUUGGUUGAUGAGAUAAAAUGGCCGUGUAAAAAUAGAAACCAUAACAGCUGCGUAACCGUCGACGUGAAGCGAUCUAGAUUCGGACGGGCUCCUCUGAUAAUAGGAACGCCCGGUGGAACCGCGACCCGUCGUCGUCCCGGUACUCCGUGGCCCGCGCGCAGGAAGAGAUACUGUGACCGUAGGACUGUACCUUUUUUGGGGUUUUCUGUGUCAAAAACGUGGCUCUGACGUUGUGGAAACGUCGGGCAAACGCCGCAGCGCCGUGGACGCUGUCCGGACCCAGACAGCUGCGCUUAUUCCCGCCGUUCCCGUUCUGGCAGCCGUGGAGGCGGAGCUUGGAAAGGAAAUGGGGAGGCGGGGCUUCAUAACAAAGGGAAAGCGCUCCAUUCGCUUUGAUGGGCUGUGAAGGAAGGUGGCGGCAGCCGGAGUGAAGGCAGCGGUCGGGAUGGUUCAGAACAGGUCCACGCUGCUAUCUGUGCCUCUUCAAUAAAGGCAGCUUACUGUUAACUCA